GAGGGAGGAAGAGAGACACUUUGUCUGGGACUUUCCCUCUCCACCGUUUUCCCCCAGCAGGAAACUCGGGGGGGAGCACAGCCAGCUUUGUUUCAUCUUCAAGCAACUCUUCUGCUCAACAAAAUAUUUGUUUCUGUCGUGAGCAUUGUACUUUUGUUUUGCUGCAAAACUAGAAUUUUUGGGAACCGGUCUUUGUCGGCGCAGCGGCAGUCUCUUCACUUCCUGAACAUUUGGCAGCAAAGGGGAAACAAAGGUGGAACUUUAACCGACCCGGCUUCGAGGGAAAUCUAAAGUGACUUAACCGAAAUAUCUCAUGUUGCCUCCAGUUUCUCAGCGGCCCGGGAGCAGCCAAGGGAGUGGCUAGUUGACCACACACACACACACACACACACACACACACACACACACACACACACUGACAGACGGGCUCGCGGACUAAUGCGAGGCUUUCAGUGGGAGAGAAAGCAAAUUAGUGACCUUCUGUUUCUCCGAGCUGCAGCGCUAGCACCUAGCAACCUGCCUGGUGCUUUCCUGGCGUUCACUUUGGUUCUGGAUAGGCAGAGGGUCGACGGACGCCUGCUGGACGUCAGAGGCUUCUCUUUUUUUCCGUGACUGAAGGACUUUUCAUGUUUCGUAUAUUCGGGGAUUGCGUUGACAAAGGCACCGGCACUCUGCUCUCUGUUCUCUCCCGUCCCAACCCCUCGCGGGCGUUUAUUUUUCCGACUCUUUAACCGUCCCCGUCUGCCCCAAGUCCGGACACAGCGUUCAUUCUUUCAUUACAGCUCGCUCCCGGACCCCUCGUGUGCGCGAAUGGGGGGCCGAGGGGAAGAAAUAUGAUCCUCCUUUUUUGUGGUAUGCUCAGGGCAGCGGCAGCGGCAGCAACAGUGUGUGGUUUCCAUGGAAAAGGCCGGAGAAGUAUGGCACGGAGGGGCUGUGUGAACGCUCUGCCCCCAUGUCUCUGCUCCAAGUGAAUCUGAAGCCAGCUAGCGUAGCGCUGCAAGCUCCACCCUGGAACUGCCUGUUCGGACUCUUCUCGUGUGUAGCCACGAGGAGCGUGCACAAGACUAAAGAGGUCCCCACAUUUCAAGAGAAGACGAAAGCCUUACUUGGAAAUCUUAUGGACGAAGAAAUGAGUCGCCAGACUGCCACCGCGCUGCCCACUGGAACCUCCAAGUGCCCCCCCUCCCAGCGCGUGCCCACCCUGUCAGGCACCACAGCCUCCAACAGUGACCUGGCCAGUCUGUUCGAGUGCCCCGUCUGCUUCGACUAUGUCCUGCCCCCCAUCCUGCAGUGCCAGUCGGGACACCUGGUAUGCUCCAACUGCCGGCCCAAGCUCACCUGCUGCCCGACAUGCCGAGGCCCGCUGGGCUCCAUCCGGAACCUGGCCAUGGAGAAGGUGGCUAACUCGGUCCUGUUCCCCUGCAAGUACGCCUCGUCGGGCUGCGAGGUCACGCUGCCCCACACGGACAAAACGGAGCACGAGGAGCUGUGCGAGUUCCGGCCGUACUCCUGCCCGUGUCCCGGCGCCUCCUGCAAGUGGCAGGGCUCCCUGGACGCCGUCAUGCCCCACCUGAUGCACCAGCACAAGUCCAUCACCACGCUGCAGGGCGAGGACAUCGUGUUCCUGGCCACGGACAUCAACCUCCCCGGCGCCGUGGACUGGGUGAUGAUGCAGUCGUGCUUCGGCUUCCACUUCAUGCUGGUGCUGGAGAAGCAGGAGAAGUACGACGGCCACCAGCAGUUCUUCGCCAUCGUGCAGCUCAUCGGCACGCGCAAGCAGGCGGAGAACUUCGCCUACCGGCUGGAGCUCAACGGGCACCGGCGCCGCCUCACCUGGGAGGCCACGCCGCGCUCCAUCCACGAGGGCAUCGCCACGGCGAUCAUGAACAGCGACUGCCUGGUGUUCGACACGUCCAUCGCGCAGCUGUUCGCCGAGAACGGAAACCUGGGCAUCAACGUCACCAUCUCCAUGUGCUAGGAAGCUUUUCGAAAAGAACGAAGAAGAAUAAGAAGAAGAAGAGGGUCAAAAAGUUACAGAUUUGUCAAGGGGGCAUUUUCUUUAUGGGGGUGGGGGCGGGGUCAAAUGGGUUGUGACCUCACAGCGCCCUCCUCCCAACCCACCACCACCACCACCACCACCUCCGCUCUCUGCCUCACCCCCUAGAGACGUGGAAACCGGACUGUCUGAUUGGGCAGCCGUGGAGGCCCAGGGGGCGCUUGGGAUGGAUGGAUGGAUGGAUGAGUAAGUGGAUGGAUGAGUGAUUGAGUGGGUGAAUUAAUAAACACAAGGACAUUACUGUGUCAUGAUGGCUACAGACUCUAAACACACACACACACACUUAUGUGAGCUCACAAACUAAGGACGUGUCCGGUCGGACAGUUUCUCGUUUCUCGGUCACGCCUCCCACUCUCUCCCUCUGUCCGGGAACGACCUCCCUCCCACCACUCGUAUUUUACUGUCUCUCUCUCUUUCCUCUUCACCCUCACACAUUUCACACACUGCAGCUCCAUGACGCCUGGAGGCCGGUCGCCGCCGAGUGACGAACACACAAACACACACACACACACACACACACACACACGGACACGGACUCCCCGGUCAGUGCUAGGUAGCUAGCCAGCUAUCUAAGCUUUCCUUUCCGUCUGUGAACCCCCUCAGACGGGUCUAGAUCAAGCUACUCUUGGACCGUGUGGCUCAAACUGGAAGCAGGAAAGAAAACUUCCCUAAUCACAGAUUUUGGAUAUUUCAUUUUUUUCCCUCCACAUGUGACGGACACGUGGAUUACUGGCACAGAUGACUUGUAGCAAACCAGGAGCCGAGACCCCCUCUGACCUGCAUCUAGGGUCCAUCUGCGUCCGGAAAAACAUCCGCGUGGUGUCACGUUGUUUUUCCUCCCCCGGACAACACCGGUCGACGACCCCUCAAAGGCCCUCAGCGACAUCAGCCCUGGAUUUUCUUUUUAAUUUCUUUUCUUUCCACUGAGUGGACACGACAGCGCGUGCUCACACACACACACACAAACACAAGGUCUUGGCAUUACAGGCUGUUGUCCAGGCUGUGUGUGUGUGUGUGUAAGUGUGUGUGUAAGUGUGUGUGCAAGUGUGUGUGCAAGUGUGUGCAGGUGGAAUAGUGGGACAGAUCAAGUGUGUGUCGCCACAUUUUUAAAGAGAGAGGACGUCGUCUUUUUUAGGGGUUUCGUUUUUCACAACAAGGAGAAAAACAACAAUGCGCUUCAGUCGAUUCACCGUCGUCUGUAGGGGUUUUUCUUUUUACGUCUGUUUCUUUUUAAUUAUUUUAGUUUGUUUCUUUUUGUAUGAAAGAGUGUGUGUGUGUGUGUGUGUGUGUGUGUGUGUGUGUGUGUGUGUGUGUGUGUGUGUGUGUGUGUGUGUGUGUGUGUGUGUGUGUGUGUGUGUGUGUGUGUGUGUGUGUGUGUGUGUGUGUGUGUGUGUGUGUGUGUGUGUGUGUGUGUGUGUGUGAUGGAUAUUUGGCAAAGACGCCUGCUCCGUUUCUCCCGUUUCCUCUUCGCUCCGGCGUCGACUCGUCCGACCGAUCGGCCCCCACACCCAGGAACGAGGGACAGUUUCUACCGUUACGAUGUUGCUAUUGUUAUUAUUAAAUGGAGAUUAUCAUAACGAAUCGUUUUUUUUUGUAAUGACUUUUAAAAACAAGUUUAAAAAGGCAGUUGUAAAAAAAAAACUUGUGGCUAAACUUCAGUGUUUGUAGUUAAAAAGCAAGUUUGUGUCGUUCUCCUGAAGGUUUGUGUUCUUCUCCCCUCCCCCCCACAAGAGUUGGAUUGUCCCCCCUCCCUCAUCUUCUCGUCUCUCUGUCCUUUCUGUUCGUGUGGUAAGUCUUUUCUUUUUCUUUCUGUCUGUGAGGAGGGAGGGAGGGAGGGAGGUCAAAGCCAAUCAUCUCUCCCUUCUCUCUCCGUGUGGAGUCUCAGUAAAUGUUGCUGCUCUCCCUCAAACUCCUUGACUAUUUUUUUUUUUUCUGUUUUAAUUUUGUCAUUAAAUAAAUCUAUCUUUUUCAUA